GACACAUCAUGUUGGAGAGUCAUGCUCAUUUCUCUUUCGGAGUGUUUAUAAAACGCAUAAAGGAGAAUUCUUUUCCUCUGUGACUUACAUGUUUACUGUAAAUGCGUUUAUGUUUCAGCGGGACAGACACACACUUUUAGCUUGUUGUUGUUGUUGUUGUAUGUGAUUAAACAGAAAGCAGCUGCAGGGAGGAGUUGAAAUUCCCAGGCUGAUACUCAGGGGGUAAAAUGUCUGUGCACUUUGAGGAGAGGAGCGGGGUGGUUCCGUGUAAAACCCCAUGGGGUUCCUGGUACCAGACCAUGGAGGAGGUGUUCAUUGAGGUGGAUGUUCCUCCUGGCACAUCCAGCAAAGACAUCAAGUGCAGCCUGGGCAGCAAACACAUAGAGCUGAGUCUGAAGGGAAAGGAAAUAAUCAAGGGGAAGUUGUUUGGAACGACGGUGGGUGAUGAGGCAACAUGGACUUUAGAGGACAAAAAGCUGAUCAGGAUAGUUCUAAUGAAGACGAACCGUGAGGCAGGAAACUGCUGGACGUCGCUGUUGGAGGAGCAGUACGCCGCUGACCCGUGGGUACAGGACCAGAUGCAGAGGAAACUCACCUUGGAGAGGUUCCAGAGAGAGAAUCCUGGGUUUGACUUUAGCGGGGCAGAAAUCUCUGGAAACUUUCAAGGAGGUGGGCCGGAUUUCAGCAGCUUACAGAAGUAACUUGCACAUUCAAGAGCGAUUAAGGACUUAAUUCUGACUGCAGAAGGUUUACCAUGAUGCCAUUAUUACAGACUACAGUAUAUCCUAACUGCUGGUUUGAUGCACAUCUACAAAUUCAUAAUGAAUAAAUGAUACAAGUUGAAAAGCCA